AUGGGAAGCAUUGAAGACUUUAUGGAGAUUUCUUUCGAUGCUCAAUCACCUUACAUUAUUGCCACCCUCAAUUCUCUACAAACUCAGCAUGAGAGCCCAUCACCUUUGAUUACUCCCUCCCUCGAUAGUAACUCUCUACGAACUCAUGACGAGUCCCUUCCGUUGACUUCCGUCCCCAACGAUGCUGAUAUCUCCCUACCAACUCAUCAUGGUACAUCGCCCCCGAGUCCCGAGUGGAGCACAGUGGGCCCUCAACAUGGCCCACAGAUCCGAAGCCAAUUCCACCAGCUCUCGCAUCAUCAAACUUCUGCGACUAGCGGCAAUCUCGUGGAAGAAGCUUCUGAUCUUGGCGGCAUCUUGCUUUCGCUGGCCAGUAUUAUACAAAUACACUUUCCUGACACAUCUAUCUCGGAUCUGAUAAAGGAGAGCAAGAAAAUGCCGCCGUUGCUAUUCAUUUUGGAUAAACUUUAUCUGCUUCGCAAAAAGCUAAACAUGCAAGACCGAUAUCUUCAGAGUGAAACAAAGAACCUCAAGGAUUAUAUCACCGAGCUACAAGACGAGUGCCGAAAACACGGCACGCUAGUAAUCUUGCAAUCUGUGGCCAAAAUACCAGAGAGCUCUUUCCUUGUUAUACUUGCAAAAUUGAAAGACAUGAGGUCGGACAUCGCACCCAUUGACUAUCACCAAGUCACAAUGUCAGUUUUUAACAUCAUCCUCGGAUAUAUUCUUGGUGGAAUCGGGUACUAUAUCAAUCCAGAUCGCGGUGUCACUCGUUCUUAUCUACUUCAAAUUGGGACAGCAGUAGCAUGCGGAUGGGCGGAAGCCCAGAAGCCUCACUAA